AUGGGCACGGUCGAGGAGCACGACCAGCCUGUCCGUCCGCUGCAUACGUCUUUUCGAGAUUUCCUCCUGGAUGGCAGUGCGAGUGGUCCUUUCGCUAUUGAGCUGCGAGCCGAGUCGCAUGCGGACCUGGCGGACGCAUGUCUCUGCAUUCUGAACGGCGAGCUGCGCUUCAAUAUUUGCCAGCUGCCUACUUCGUUCUCACUAAACGAGGACAUCGCCGAUCUUCCCAAGCGGAUCGAACAAAACAUGAGCUUGUCCCUGCAGUAUGCUUGCCGUGCGACGGGAAGUCAUCUGGAGCUCAGCUCGAGUGCCCCUGCAGAAAACAUCUCUCCACGCAUCUAUCCUGCUGUGGAACGUUUUCUGCGUCGCGGCUACCUGUUUUGGCUGGAGGCGUGCAGCCUUUUGCAAGCAGAUGAAGGGGCGAUAUCUGAAUUGCAGAGCUAUCUAGCCUGGAGCAGGUCCUACGGUGUGUCAGACUACGAAGAGCUUGUGGCAGACUACCUCAAGUUCUUCAUCCGCUUCAGGGAAGGCAUCAUCGCCUCCGCGCCGCAAGUCUAUAUCAGCGGACUGGUCUUCGCGCCUCGAAAUUCGCAAGUCCGCCGGCUGUAUAGCCCGAUGUUCAGUCGCCUCAUACGCGUAUCUGAACAAGCGAUAGAGGACGACUGGCCUGCGGCGGAGCGCUCGCUAAUCAACGCCGGCAAGGGCGCGUACCAAGUUAUGUUCUCGCCGGAUGGCAGCCGCAUUCUGUCUCGCUUGAGGGACGAUACCGUGCGCGUCUGGGACGCGGACACCGGGCGCCAGAUUGGCGACACCUUCGUGGUCAAGCAUGACGAUGUAACCCUUGUGUGUCUCGCACACGAUGGGUCACAGGUCGUGUCCUGUGCGAAGGACCACACGAUUAAGGUCUGGGACCUAAACACCGGUCAACAAAUCGGCGCGACAGUCACGACACACGACGACUGGAUCGAAUGCGUUGCGUUGUCUUCAGACGGUCGGCAUAUCGUCACUGGCUCGCACGAUCGCACGGUCCGCGUAUGGGACGCGCUGACCGGACGUGCAGUCGGUGAGGCGCUCAGAGGCCAUACAAACAACGUCACGUCCGCUGCGUUCUCUCCAGACGGAAAGCACAUACUAUCAGCGUCCUGGGAUCGAACUAUUCGACUCUGGGAGGUAGUCGCCGUGCCAAAAUCUGUUCACACCUUCAAUGGCCACAGCGACAACGUCAACGUCGUCGUGUUCUCGCCCGAUGGGAAAUACAUCGCGUCCGGAUCCGCAGAUCGCACCGUUCGCGUGUGGGAUGUCGCAUCCGGCCAGCAGGUCGGCCAGCCUUUGAGAGGGCAUGACGAUCAUGUUUGGACGGUCGCAUACUCUUCGGAUGGCAGACAUCUCGUGUCUGGGUCGUAUGACUUCGCUGUCCGGGUCUGGGACGCGGGGACCGGCCAGCAGAUUGGUGCGACUUUGCAAGGCCAUGACGCUUCUGUCAUGUCCGUAGCGCUCUCGCCAAAUGCGAAGUCCAUCGUGUCUGGCUCGGAGGAUCGCACCAUCCGUAUAUGGGACGCACCGAUAAUAGAGCAUCGCGGCGACGACAGGCCAAAGCCCUUAUCCCGUGCGAAUGGCGAGGCGACACUAUCGCCAUUGUCAGCUGACGGAGCUGCAGGGCACACGGACUGGGUCAACUGCGUCGCCUUCUCUCCUGACGGAAAAUGCAUAGCAUCCGGCUCAAUCGACUGCACUGUACGUCUAUGGGAUGUGGCGACGUACCAUCAAAUCGGCCAGUCACUAGAAGGGCAUACAGCCCAGGUGAACUGCGUCGCCUUCUCUCCGGAUAACAAACGCCUGUUGUCCGGGUCCAGCGACGGCUCAAUCCGGCUGUGGAACGUCGAGACGGGGGCGCAGUCCUCGCAAGUCUUUGAUGGCCACCGCGGCCAUAUACUUGCUGUGGCUUACUCACCCGACGGCACGUUGAUCGCGUCCGGCUCGCAGGAUAGCACCUUUCGUCUCUGGGAUGCAACGACGGGCGAAACCGUUGACGAGCUCAAGGGACAUGGCGGCGGCGUUGCUUGCAUCGGUUUCUCACCGGACGGCAAGCUUGUUGCUUCCGGUUCGCAGGAUCACACAAUCUGUAUAUGGGACGUAGCAAGUAGGAAACAGCUAGGAGAGUCGCUCGCCGAGCACGAAGCGUCCGUCACGUCCAUCGCUUUCUCUCCAGACGGCAAGCAAAUCGUUUCCGGCUCGCAUGAUCAAACACUGCGAGUUUGGGACGUCGCGUCGAGGACGCAAGUGGGCGACGCGCUCACAGAGCACGACCACGGCGUCUUUGGAGCUGGGGAUCUCGUCUUCGGGGAGGUUAACUCUGUUGCAUUCUCCUGCGAUGGCAAACGAAUCGUGUCCGGCUCCAGUGAUCGCACCAUUAUCAUUUGGGACGCAGAGACGAGGGAACCUAUAACGGAACCACUGAGAGGGCACGAUGGCUUAAUCACCUCUGUGGCGCUCUCUCCAGACGGAAGGACAAUCGUGUCGGGCUCCGCAGAUCAUACGAUCCGAAUCUGGAGUGCGCCCGCAGGCGACGUCGACACCUUGCAGGCGGAGCCUCACUACGAGAUCGCUUCGCAGCUCGACUUCAAACGCACUUCAGGCUGGCUUCAAUCCGGAACCGACGUGUGCUUUGACUGGAUCGUUGACCUGGUCGGCAUGGAUCAGAUGGACUUUUCCGACGACGAGGAUGAGGAGCUUGACCUUGCGCGCAUUUUGUGGAUACCACGACACCUUCGCCCCUUACCAUUUAUAUUUUCCCCUCAUCAUCGAUCUAUGGUACCGUCAGCCCAGCCUCAUGUCUCUGUAGAUAUAUCUGGAGCUGCACUGGGGAAGGAUUGGACUCAACUGUAUUCACUUGUCAACUCUAGAAGCAGUGCAUUAUCAUAG